CUGGAGCGGCGAGUGCCGAGUCUCGAUGACUUCGCGGGACAGAGCUGGAGCUCGUGGGUGGAGCGGGCCGACCUGCCUGCGGCAGACGGUGAGUACAGACACAUUAGAAUCCGGGGACCCCAUCACUCUCUCCCCUCCCCCCCAGGGCCCCCUCCAGCUGAGGGGAGCCGCCGACUAGAGCCGCCGUCCGGCUCCCCGGCCCCCCAAACAAAGGACCCGCCGGGUCCUAGUGCCCGCCUGCUCAGCCACCUUCGCGCCUCCGGGUCCUAGCGCCGGCGUAUCGCUCGCAGCCCACCCUGCCCACCUCUGUCUCUGCGGGUGUACAGUACCUGCCCCCCACUUUACUUGCCUGUAUCUUUCUUCCGGUGAGCCGGCCUCCAGCUUUUUUCGGUUCUGCACCUGCUCCGGCUCUGCCCAUCUGCAGCAGUCCUCUCCACGUGUUUCCCACGCACCCCACUUCUGUGGCCCCCUCCCCACCCACUUGAUUCUUCGCCUUUUGCCCCGCACCUUAGCUUCUUUCAACGCCUCCCUGUCUGCUCAGUUUUCCCGAACCCCCGCCCCCUCUGCUUUAGUUCAUCCAUCCUCCAUCCAUCCAUCCAUCCAUUCCCCCCCCGACCUCCCUCUAUCAGUCCAUCCAUACAUGACUCCAAGCCUCCAGCCUUCCGUGGGCCUCUUGUCCUGCCCCUUGGCUCUCUCCCUUGACCCCUAUCUUCUGUAGGCCCUUGAGUGCCUUUGGUGAGCAGGCCUGCAGCCCCUUCAGAUCUUUGUCUCCUGGGCCCCAGGGAGCACCUGGCCUCGUGGCCUUUCGGGGUGACAACAAGCAUCACACCCCUGAAGAAGUUUGCAAAAACUGAGGUACAAGGGCAACCCCUGGACAAAGCCCCCCUAAGAAGGGGAGGGGCUUGCGUAGCUGAUCAAGGAGACUUUGAAGAUGCCACAGGGUCCAAAGACAGCAGUUUCUCUACUCUAUGGCCAUCCUAUCAGUGCAGGACCUGAGAAGCUGAGUGUAACUUUGAUGAUACUAUGGGGCCGAACUAGAGGAAGGCAGCAAAAACACGAAGAAGCUGGAUGCCAUGACCCUCAUUAAAGAAGACAUGUCCAUCUUCGGUCACUGCCCUGCCCAUGAUGACUUCUAUUUGGUUGUGUGUAACCACUGCAGCCAGGUGGUGAAGCCCCAAGCCUUCCAGAAGCACUGCGAAAGAAGACAUGGGCCCCUCAGCAAGCUUUAUGCCCGGGCCCCACCCCCACCUCCAGCCCCUGCCAGCUCUCAGAAAUGCCAUGUAGUGAAUGGGCAGGGCCCAGCUUGUAGAGCCCCAGGUUCCACCAAAACCUCCUCCAGGGAGAAGGGCCAGGGGUCCCGGAGCCGUGGCCAUCAGCCUCCUGAGAAGACCCAGAAGGACAGCCUCUGCCUUUUCGUGCCUGUGGUGAAUCUGGAGAAGAUGUCCAGUCUCCCGAAGCCUGAUGGACAUGGAAUCAGGGUGGCCCCACCCUCUGCUUUCCUCAGUCAGCCAGGAGGCCUCCCCAAGGACUCCCCUGGAAAAGUCCCCACGGCCCCCUCUCCUAAAGAACCUCCUGGCAGAGAGAACAUCGAGCUUAUCCCUGGUGAGGGCUCCAGUCACCACGCCGAAGGCAGCCCCCCGGAGAAGGAGGCCAGUGGAGCCAGGCUUCCUCCUAAAACCCACCGAAAGAUGGCUCGAAAAGAGUUCGACCUCAACAGGCAGUGCGGGGUCAUAAAUCCAGAGACCAAGAAGAUCUGUACACGCCUAUUGACUUGCAAGAUCCACUCAGUGCACCAGCGCAGGGAGGUCCCGGGCAGGGCCAAGGACUUUGAUGUGCUAGUGGCCGAACUGAAGGCCAGCUCCCGAAAAGGAGAGUCUCCCAAGGAGAAGAGCCCAGCACGCAAAGAGGCAACUCUCGAGCGCCCCUCCCAGGAGCCUCCCACUGCAGUCCAGGGUGUGGCGGCGGUAGCUGCCCCCAACACCACCUUCUCUUCUCUGUCUCAGCAGACCUAUCCGUACUGCGCACUUCCCAGGUCCCAUGCCUCCUCUGAGAGUGAGGUGGAUGACGAAGGUCCCUGUGGUGGUGAUGGGGAUCCAGGCCUAUUCCCCUUCCCUCUGCCCCGGGGUGGGGCCCAGGCCUCCAGUGAGGAGAGUGAGGAGGAAGGGACAACUGAUGACCUCCACCUUUCCCCUGACUGCCAUUACGCAACUCGGCCCCCUAGGCCACAGGCGUUUUGCACAUUUGGAAGCCGGCUGGUGAGCCCAGGGUGCUAUGUGUUUAGCCGCCGGCUGGACCGGUUUUGCUCGGCACUCAGCUCCAUGCUGGAACGGCAUCUCAGCUCACACAUGUGGAAGAAGAUCCCACCAGCAGCUGAGCCUCCAUCCCAUCUUGUCAGUCCAUCUUUAUCUGAUCCCUUGAGUCCAUCCCCUAUGGGCAGCUGCCCCCGACUUCCAGGCCCACCCCCCCGACCUGCCUGUCCAGCCUCCAUACCCCCCGUCAAGGACAGCCUUGUCCCUAGCUAUCCUGCAGGCUCCCCCAGUGUAGCAGCUGCCUGCAGCCAGGCAGAGUGCAUGGGCGGUAGCCAGGCUAUUACCUCACCGCUGCCGGCCAACACUCCAUCUCCGUCCUUCAGCAAGCUGCCACCUUCCAAGGCCAGCAAGUCAUCCAAAGGCAAGGAGGGGGUGGAGAUGGAGGCCCCUUCUCGAAAGCGGAAGUUAUCCCCUGGCCCCACCACCUUCAAACGGACCUGCAUCCUGGAGCCUGCUGGGAAGGGCAAACCCUCUAGCUGUCGGGGUCUCUCAACCAAGACUAAAACAGCCCUGAACUUGGGGCUCAAUGGGACAGUGGGGCCACGAGUGAAACGAGCAGGUCCCUUGGACUGUCGGGGUUCCCCUCAUCCAUCCCCCAUACCCGUCAAGGCUUCUCAGCUAGAAAACCGGGGAGUGGCCGGACACCCAGCUAAGGUCCUGCCAACCAACUGCCUCUCCGAGGAGGAGGUAGCCAAGAAGCGGAAAAACCUGGCCACUUACUGCCGGCCAGUCAAGGCCAAGCACUGUCAGGCUGGUGUCCCUCCUGAUGGGACCUGCUCUGUGCGUCGCAAGAAGCCAGGUCCAGCCCUGCCCUUUGAGGAGAAGUGCUCUACACUGAAGUCAAAAGCUCAUUAACGAGAAAGUGCCUGCCCACUGCAACGGAGCCGCCAGCACCUCCUCCCCUCCAGACUGGGCCCCAGGCUGCUGCCGCUUUUUAUAACUUUAUAUUAUUUUUUUUAAGAAAAAAAAAAAAACUCUUUAAAAUACCUC